AUGGCAGGAAAUGCGAGCUGUUCAUGGGCCAUGCACAACGAUAUGGUAGAAGAAAGUCGGAAGUUUGCUGAGCGAAAUGGCAUUCACGAAACUCGCGACUCCAAAAAGAUGGUCGACGCUCUUAGAGGCUUGCCAUGUUCCAAGUUCGCGCUGUCAUUGAUGGAAAAUAUGGAGAAGCCAAGUGUGGCAAGUAGUUGUGCGUCUGGUCCACGUCUCGACUUUGAUUUCAUUCCAAAGAGUGUCAGUGAGUUGCGGAAGGAGGCGCCGGCGAAACCAAUGCUCAUAGGGUGCUCUGCUUCUGAGGGCCUUAUGUUCUUAGGGUUUGGAAAGCACCACUCUGUCAGUGCGAUUAUGAAUUAUGUUUCGCAACUUGUGCCUGAGAAGGAGUACCCUCGCACGUUCAAGAAGUUGCGAGAGGAAGUUUUCGAGAAACUAGUCUCAAAUCCCGCCAUUACUCUUGAGGUGACACGAGCCUUAGCCGAGGUUUGUUCGCUUUCUUUGGCUUUCGCAAUCGUGGCAUAUGCAACACAUUGCACUGAGUUGGCCUACAUCUUCGCUGUGGGGAUUAUCUGGAAUUACGAGUUCAACCAUGACGACAAAAAGAUGUUGGAAUUGACGACAAGAAUGUGGACGAAUUUCGCUAAAUAUGGGUAA